AUGCAGGCCCAGUUUCACCAAGCUGCAGUGCCCUAUCAGAUGUGGCCAUAUGUUCAAAUGUUGCAAGGAAAUCCUCAAGAAUUCGCCAUGCAUCCAGCUUUUAUGAAUACAACCCUGCCGAAUUAUUCCCCUUAUUUUGAUUCGCCUCAAAUGAAGCCGAAAAAGGGAUCCUCUUUCACGAUUGAUGCUAUUUUGAAUUCAAGAACUUCUCCUUCAACCAGCGACGAGGAAUUUUCGCCAUCACCAAAACAGUUUUAUAAACAACGCCAUUCUGAGAGUUUUACACCUGGACGGCGACAUCAAAGACUUCUGGAAUCAGCUCAUCCUUAUUUUGACAGCGGUCUUCGAUCAUCAACCCCUACGUCAUCACCAGAAUCAGUUAAAUUACCACUGAAUUUUACAGUGUAUGUUUUCAAUUUAUUGAACAUAUUAGCAGUUUAG